AAAGAACAACAAAAUUAGAUAGAAGAAGAAGAAGAAGAAGAAGAAGAAGAAGAAGAAGAAGAAGAAGAAGAAGAAGAAGAAGAAGAAGAAGAAGAAGAAGAACAACAACAACAACAACAACAACAAAAAAUAUUAAUAAUGGCCGACAUUAAUACUGUGAAAGGGCUUUUUGUUCUGUCAGUUCUUGUAAACAUCUCUUUAUUAACAGGUAUUCUGACUCUGCUAGCUAUCGGUGACUACAGUGGUGAAGAGGACAGCCUAGAAGCGCUACACUGCAAUAAGAAACAGUCACCGGUUGACGAUGUAGGGCCGAAUAUGUUUGAACUGCGCUACAGAAAGCACAGAAUAUUCGAUUCUUUGAACGUCGAGGAGAUCGAAGCUGUUCAAAAAUACCUCUUUAGCCAGAAAUCUUUAAAUUUAGUCCAUCCCUCGAAAGCGAAAGUUACAGAUAAUUAUAUAUUUUUGAUGGAAUCACAAACACCUAAAAAAUUAAAAGUUCUCCGGUUUCUUGAUCACGUCGGCCCCGAGCCACCAAGACAAGCCAAAGUUAUCAUAAUGAAAGGCCAAGGAAGAUUACCAAUGGUAGAAGAAUAUAUCGUUGGGCCAUUACCGAAACCAAAAUAUCAUUACUUAAAUAAUAAAACUGCAAAGCAAAACCCUUUGCCGUUUAGAAUUAGGCCGUACAAUAACCCCGAAAUUGUGGCGCUUAUGUACGAAGUCCUUCCAGAAACCAUGUCAAGUCUCAACAAGGUACUACAGGAUAUAUAUGGUGCACAAUUGUCACCUCACGAAUGUGAAGAACUCUGUUUAACUUUCACAGCCGCUCCUGUUUCUACAUCGUUUGUCCGCGAACGAAAACUUUGGAUUCCGUUGUUUUAUAACUUGGAAUUUCCCACCCUUCAUCCAAUUGACUUUCAACUGCUAAUUAAUAUUAAUCAUAAAAAUAUAAAAGAUUGGAAAAUUGAGCAAAUCUGGCACUCGGGCAUCCUUUAUAAUUCUACAGAACACUUUCUAAAAACUUACAAACAGAAUAGUUUUCCUCGAAAGAGAGUGAACACAAAAAAACUACGUGAAAGUACUCGAGGUUAUCUUCAUUCCAGGGGUAAACUAUUCCCCAAUAAGCCAUCUUCUGGACCACAACAAUUCGAAACCUCAAGUAAAAGAUAUAAAAUUGUGGGUAAUAAAGUGAUAUAUAUGAAAUGGUCGUUUGACUAUCGUGUUUCGGCAAUUCAGGGUCUUCAGCUCUUUGAUAUCAGAUUUGGUAACGAUAGAAUCGUGUAUGAAAUGAGUCUUCAAGAAAUGGCGGUGCUUUACAGUGGCUUUAACCCUUUCAUGAAAUAUAUGCACGUUGCCGAUACAGUUGAUCUACCAGGAAAAGGCUUCGGACUCGUUCCUGGAAUCGACUGUCCUCAUCAUGCGACUUUCUUAAAUGCAACGCAUGCUACCGAAGAAUUUGACCAAGCAAAAGUUUACCAAAAUGCAAUUUGUAUUUUUGAAUUCAACAAAGAUGCACCGUUCCGACGACACCAUUCCAACAACAUCCGAGGAGGAGUGUUCUAUUCCGGAUUGGUUAACAACGUUCUUAUUGUUAGAACUAUUUCAGUUGUCUACAAUUACGAUUAUAUAUUUGACUACAUAUUCUACCAAAACGGCGCCUUGGAAGUUAAAAUCUACUCUACGGGAUUCGUCUAUACGACAACUUUUUCCGAAGCUGAGAGACCUUAUGCUGUACCUGUCGAUGAAAACAUUGUCGCAAGCAUACAUGCACAUCUUUUCCAUUUCAAGGUGGACUUGGACAUUUUAGGAGAGAAAAACAGAUACGAAACUUGGGAUGUAAAAGUUGAAAAUAAAAGCAAUAUUUGGAGAAACAGCUACGAAGAAUUCCACCAGUACUGGCUUGACCGGAAAUUGAAACGAACAGAGAAGGAAGCUAUCCACAAAUACAAUUUCAAUACGCCGAAAUAUCACACUAUUUUAAAUAAUGAUAAGACUAAUUAUCACGGUGUACCCAGAGGCUAUCGAAUACACAAUAGAGGAAUGGUAAAACAACUAUUGCCAGAGAAUUUCCACAUGGAAAGUUCGAUAUCGUGGUCACGUUAUCAGAUGGCAGUAACUCAGUUUAAAGACAGAGAAGAGAAAAGUAGCUCCAUCACAGCAUUGUUUGGAACCAAGAACCCGGCAGUCAAAUUUUCCGAUUUCUUGGAGGACGAUGACGACAUUGUUGACAUGGAUCUUGUGACAUGGUUAACCCUAGGAACUUACCACAUCCCACGAUCAGAAGAUCUUCCCAACGUCCCCACACCAGAAACAGAACUCUCGUUUUUGUUGACGCCAUUCAAUUAUUUCCCAGAAGACCCGUCCAUUAGUUCUCGUAAUGCAGUUCGGUUGACCCCUUCUAAAAAGAAGAGCGAGAAACUUAACGUGGAAACCUUUGGUACGCCGGAUCCUCCCAAAUGUGUUGCUCCAACUUUUUCUUUUAACUCAAUAAAAAGUUCCACGAUAUUCAACAGGUGAUGACAUUCCACAGAAUAAAUAAAUGAAUACAUGAACAGAUAAACAAAUGGAUAAAUAUAUAAAUGAAUAAAUAUAUAAAUGAAUAAAUAAAAUAAAAUAAACAAACAAUUGAAAACUGAAGAAAUCAGGAAAAUGAAAGACAGAAAAAAAGAAAAG